AUGAAGGCACUAAUAGCUAUCUGGGGAGCUAGUGACUUGCAGCAGCAACUGGACGGAGCUGUAAGAAAUAAAGUAAUUUACGAAAAAAUAGCACAAGAAAUGAAGAAAAAGGAAUAUGAAAGAGACUGGACGCAAUGUAGGAUAAAAAUUAAAAACUUAAAAACAAACUACAAAAAAGUAAAGGAUAGCAAUAACAAGACUGGGGAAAGGAGGAAAACAUGUAAGUUUUAUGACGAGCUGGAUAGGAUUCUGGGGCACCGACCAGCCUCCGCUCCAUCUUUCCUCGUUGACACAAGCUCUGAGAUGGAGGAAAGGGUGGAUGAGAUUGUGGAGGAUACAGACGAUGGCAGUCAAAUUCAGCCACAGUUUCCAGUGGAGAGUGCCGGUGCUGUGGCCAAUACUGAAGGAGAGGCCAGUACCUCUGAAAAGGAGAAAACAGAUGAAUGUGCUCCCCCUAAAACAAAAAACCCCAGAAAAAACAAGACAGAAGGCUAUGGAGAGGCAGACGGAGACAUUCUUAAGCUACCAGAGAGAAGCAGAGGAAAGAUUUGAAAAAAGAGAGGAAGAAAGAUGGGAUAAAGAGAGAAAAUUAGAAGACGUGAGAAGAAAGGAGGAACAGGCACACCAACUACAGAUGAUGCA